AGAAGUGAGACAGUCGGUCCUCAACAGAGGUGCACUUUUACAUUACUUACCCGAUGAGUUCAUAAAACGCUGACAACAACAGUGUCUCUCUUGUCGAGCGCAUUGAAUUUGAUGUAUUUUUAACCAGCAGGGUACCAGUUUUGGAAACCAAAUUAGUUUCUGUUGGACUUUGGUCGCAUGCCGUUGUUCAAACAGGCACAGCAAGGUGUCGCGAGCAACUGGAGUGCUGGAAGAGAAGAGAAGAGGAAUUUUCCUUGAACUAGUUCUUUGUCGGUUUUGUUGGAGUGUGACUGCUGUCAUGUACACUUAGACAUUUUACAUGUUCUUUGACCGAGAAGAGAGAGUAAGCUUAUGCUACCCUUCAUCCUCCUCGCUGGAUAUCUAUGGAGAGGGUGUCCUCCUGUAUGCUCUCUCGCAGCUCUUGGAGUUACUUGCGGCCGAAGCAACACCGUGAGUGUUGAAUUCACCAACCUGGAUAGCAGAAGACGACACACUUAACCUUAUUUGAAUGCCUUUGCAAGGAGUUUGCUGGUUUCUGUGCUGCAGGCAGGGCUUUAAUUUGCUCGGACGGGACUAUGGGGAGAAAGAGGAGGAAGAGUCUUUUGAAUUGCGCAACAAGGAGGACUUAACUCCCAAUGGACGGAGUCCAGCUGAGGUGACUGUUUCUCAACCAACUCGAACAGCCAAUGGAACAAAUGGGCACACUGUGUCAGAGUUGUCUGAUGAGAUGAAGAGCCUGAUCAUUGAGAAGAAUAAGAUGGGCCUGGAGGAAGACCCUGAGCUGCUGGUCAAAGGGUGGCUGUUGCGGGAGGUGCGAGGCAACUGGAUCAAGCAGCGUCGGUACUGGUUUGUGCUGAGCCAGGACUCCCUCGACUACUACAGCGGACCAGAGAAAGGAGCCCGCAGACUGGGCACGCUGGUCCUCACCAACCUUUGCUCUGUCAUCUGGCCAGACAAGCAGACAUACAAGGAGACGGGGUACUGGAGCAUCACAGUAUAUGGGCGAAAGCACUGCUACAGGCUGUACACAAAGCACUUCAACGAGGCUGUGCACUGGGCAUGUGCCAUCCAGAAAAUCAUUGAUACCAAAGCACCCGUGGAAACACCAACACAGCUCUUGAUUCGAGAUAUUGAGGAGAAUAAGUUCCACCCUGAAGUAGUGGAGCACAUCUACCAGCACAAUCCCAUCCUGAAGUACACCCAGGGCCCCUUGUACGCUCCUCUGCUGCCCUUCCCCUACGGCAGCCUGGAGCACACAUACCAUAGCGGAAAAGGCUACGGCUCGGUGCGAGAGGAGGCCGUGAAGCUCUUCAACUGCCUGCAGCAGCUAGAAUCGGCACGGGAACCGAUUCCCAUCAUCCAGGGCGUGCUGCAGACUUGCUUGGACCUGCGGCCCCUCCGCGACGAGGUCUACUGCCAGCUAGUGAAGCAGACCAGCUACACACCUGCCCCGUCCACUGCUGCACACCUCCGCUACUGGCAGCUUCUCACCUGCAUGAGCUGCACCUUCCUGCCAGGGCCCACCGUGCUCAAGUACCUGCGAUUCCACCUUAAGAGGAUCCAGAGCCAAAGUCCUGAGUCUGAGAUGGAUAACUAUGCGUCAUUUAUCAGCGAGGCUCUGGAGAAAACCAAGUGUCGGGAGUGUGUGCCAUCCUGGGAGGAGAUCCAGAUGCUGAUGAGCCGACAGGAGAUGCUGUGCACUGUGCACUAUCCUGGCCCCGGGUCCUGCCAGCUCUACAUCAGCUCACACACUACUGCCAAUGAGGUGGUUCGAAGGAUGCAGGAGAAGCUCAGCCUGCAAGACAGCAAGAACACGUUUGCACUGUACGAGCAGAAUGCACUGUGGGAGCAGCCAGUUGCAGGGAGCGCUCUGAUCGCAGACAUCCUGACCAGCCUCUCCACCAAAGAGUCAGAGUCUAAAUCCCAGUGGAAACUGUGUUUCAAGCUCUACUGCCUGUUGGAUGCUGACAGCAUAUCAGUGGACAGCAUUGAAUAUCUCCUCCUCUUUGAGCAGUGCCAUGAGAUGGUGGUGCGUGGCCAGCUGCCUGCCUGUGAAGAGGACCUACAGGCCUUGGCUGCGCUGAGGCUUCAGUGUCUGAUGGGUGACUUCAGUACACAUGCCCCCUGCCCACCUCUGGACGAGCUUUUCCCAGGUCACAUGCUAGAAGCUCGAGUCCUCGUGUCCCUAUCUGCAUCCCAAGCCCUCCCGCCAUGUCAGGUGGCGGCCCAGGGCUGCCCUGCAACGCAGCUCUUCCCCACAGGCCUCCUGGCAGGGACGCUGUGGAGCCACACAGCUACAGCAGCGCACAAGCAAAAAGUGGAGCAGGACAUGCGUCUGCGGAGCCGACUGAAGGAGGAGGCAGCGGCUGUCAUGGGAUCCAUUUUGGAGCAUUGGAAAGGUCUGGCUGGCUACAGCCGGAGGGACAGUAUUGCUGCCUACCUCACAAUUGCACGCCAGUGGUCGGGCUUUGGAUGCACUCUUUAUGAAGUGGACUUUUAUAUUAGUUCAACAGGAAGUUUUUCCCAGAAGUUGUGGUUGGGUGUAGCUGCUACAUCCGUGUCUCUGUAUCGGCAGGGAGAGGCAGAGGCCCUGGAGUCCUUUCCAUAUGGCCAGAUCUGUUCCUACGGCAUAUCUGAUAGCAACACCUUCAAAAUCACAGCUGGGGAUCGGGAUCUGCUGUUUGAAACCACCAAGCUGACUGAGAUCAUGCAGCUGAUGAAUGCGUAUUUCAGUGCCAUCCGUCACCAGCGAGGGAAAGGGGAAGAUGCGGACAUCACCAUAACAGAAAGCACAGAGCUGGGAUUCCAUCACCUGGCCUCCACGCUGACACCCACCUUCCUGGAGCUGCCCUCGCACCCCGUUUGAGAGGGACCCAUACCCGGAUACCCCCAACCCCCCACCGUCCUCCUCCACGUGGCCCCUAUGAGGCCCAGCCCCAGUCCUCAGGACACCACGCCUCCUCCACUGGGAACGGCACGGCAGCCAAAACAAAGAGAGCGCUGUUUUCGCUCCCCAUCCGUGAAAAUAAACCCUUGCUGAGCUUUCCAGCUGAAGGAGCUGGCCGAUAUAGGAGGAGGGGGGACGGGAAGGCAAGGGGUUCUGUUUUGCAAGUGAGGCCAGAAACCCACAGAAACCAAUGCGGUUGCUGAUGAGCUGUCACACGCCCUCCACCCCAUCCUGUCACGCAACCACCUCUGUUACCCUACAUGGCAACACCCCCCACCUCACCCCAACCCCCCUCGACAAUGUGAGAUGUUGGCGUGAGGCUAACUACAUCAGGGAGAGAUAGCGUCAAGAGAUAGGACUUAGAGCAACAAUAAGCUGUGGUACUCCCCUCAUGAAGGUAUGGCUAAGAGUGAAAACACUACUCUUUCUCUUCUUUCUCUCUCUAAGUGUGCCAUAUUUUUUAUUGCCUUUCCUAGAAGGCAGUCGUCCCUCAUGCACUGCUGGAAUAGUGUUGAGAACAUUCAGUGACACACACGCAAACACACACACACACACACCUCCUCCCCUGUCUUUGGCUCUCUCUCUUUCACAUACACACUCACUCACUCUCUCACGUGCCCUUAUGCUGACAUGUUCAUCAGAGACGGUCAGUUUUCAUAAGGUCCCCGCCAGGCUUGCAUUACCUGGAACUGUUGAUGCAGUGAGCCAUGUGAACUUGGAACUGGAAACAGAUGUUGAACUCUGUAGCUAAGUCACUUUGGCUGCCAUGGCCAUAUAGACUCUUACCUUUGGGAUUGUGUGUGUGUGUGUGUGUGUGUGUGUGUGUGUAUGUGUGUAUGUGUGUAUGUGUGUAUGUGUGUGUGUGUGUGUGUGUGUGUGUAUGUGUAGGUGUAUGUGUGUGUGUAUGUGUGUGUGUGUGUGUGUGUGUGUGUGUGUGUUUGAUCAAAAAAACCAUUUCCUGGAUGACAUUCAGGAUCUGAGUUAAUUGUGUUUCACAUAAACCAAAGGAUUUUUGAGCUGUUUCUUCAUUGUUUCCACCAGAUGCUCUUAUGUGUCCUUUGUUGUGCUGCUUGUCUUGGCUGUAAUCCUUGACACGAAACUUGGUUAACACUUGACUGAUUAAAUCAUUUUGCUUAUGUCAGUUACUACCCUAAUGCAGCUCUGCUCUGCUGAAAAUAACAGGUGCUUCUUUGUUUAUUAUGUUAUUUUCACAAUGUAUAUGAAAUACAAGAAAUUAAACUUAGAGUACACAUAAAACCCCUAGUCAAGAGUUCCCAGUCUGCUAUUUAAAUGGAAACCUUUUUAAUCAGGCCAUGGAUGCUUUUGUAAUAUUAUUUAUGCAAACUUUGCUUCUUCUUUUUUUUUCUUUUUUUUUUACUGUUCUUCUUUAUGUUUUAAAUGCAGACCCAGAUGUGUUUUGAUAUAAGGUUAACCAGAAGUCAUAAAUGCUUUUGGUUCUGCUUCAGAUGUGUAAAUCCUGUGUAGCUCCUUUGUGUUCACUGUUUGAAUAUUCUUGUGAAGCCAAAGUUUCGCCAUGUCAUGGGUUUGAGCAUGGACCAAAGAUGUGGGUUUUUUUGAAAAUAAGCUUUCAUUAUAAGAAAUUAUCCCAAAGCAGACAGAUCCCCCCCCCCCAAUUUAUAUUUGACUCUCCUCACAUUAACUAAUUUCUCUUUAAACUUGAAUGUCAGACACCUAUGAAGACAUCCUGUUGUAUACAUAGUACACCUUGUUUUAAUGUAGAUGACUUUUUAGGAAUCUGAGACCAUAGAUAGGCUUUGUAAAUAUAAUUUUAGAGUACUGUCUGCUACACAACCCCAUGCAAUAACCAGCCUCAAGACUUAAAUCCUCUCACCGUGAAAGGCCUUGACGAGUCAUUGCACAGUCAGCCCUGUCUCCUGCUCAGAAGCAGGUUUUUCUACUGCAGCUGCAGGCAGCUCCGAGCUACAUGUAUGAAAAGAAAAGAAAAAAAUAAAAUAAAACUACGGAUGAUGUUGCUUUGUAUUAAGCUUGUUUGUAUGCUGCAUGGUACCUUUUUAUGUAAUGUGUGUAUAGUUCAUUGCACUAUUGUUUGUUUUUAACUAACUUGGAAGUGCAAUAAAAACUAUAAAUACUGUAUGUAAUUAAUAAAAACGGCACCAUUUUACCAUA